AAUGACGGCCCAAAUAAUCGACAGUGUAUAGUCUAGGGAAAAAAAUGAUUCGAACAUGGCGACCAAGAACGUUUCAAGAAUUCAGCAGCGCCACUCCCCCACCGCCUGGUCCAUCCAGGAGCCAGACCCCAUACUCACGGCCCUCUCCCAAGCCAUCCAAAAUGCUCCGGCGAAACCCCUCCACGCCUCCCUCAAGCAUCUCCUCCCCUCUCUCAAGCCCCACCACUUGGUCAAUCUCAUCAACCUCAAUCCACACUCUCUCUCCCCACUCUCUCUCUUCUCCCUCUUCCAAUGGUUCUCCACUCCUUCCAACUCUACUUUUCGCCACACCCUCCACUCGUAUUGCACCAUGAUCCAUUUCCUCUGCUCCCAUCAAAUGUUCUCAGAGGCCCAAACCUUGCUCCAAAUCGUAGUUUCCAGAAAAGGGAGAAACUCCGCUUCUGAUGUUUUCGCAGCAAUUCUUGAAUUCAAAGCUACUCAAAAAUCCCAUCUUUAUGUUUUCUCUGGAUUGUUGACUGCUUAUUUAGCAUCAGGGCUUGUUCUUGAUGCUAUACAGUGUUUUAGACUGGCCAAGAAGCAUAAAAUUCGGGUGCCCUUUGAUGCUUGUAGGAGAGUUGUCGAACAUUUGAUGAAGCUCAAGUCUUACAAAUUAGUUUGGGGGUUUUAUGAAGAGAUACUGGAAUGUGGGUAUCGUCCAAGUUUGUAUUUUUUCAACAUUCUCAUGGACAAAUUCUGCAAAACAGGAGAAGUGAAGCUCGCUCAAUUGGUUUUUGAUUCGAUUGGGAGAUGGGGUUUGAGGCCUAGUGUGGUUAGUUUCAAUACUUUAAUGAAUGGUUAUGUUAGGUUGGGAGAUUUGGCGCAAGGGUUUAAGUUCAAGAUUUUGAUGCAGGAAAAUGGAGUUUGCCCUGAUGUUUACACUUAUAGUGUUCUUCUCAAUGGGCUGUGUAAGGCUAGAAAAAUGGACUGUGCAGAUGAAUUGUUCAAGGAGAUGCUUCACGUUGGCUUGUCCCCGAAUUAUGUUACGUUCACAACGUUGAUUGAUGGGCAUUGCAAGAACGAGAGGGUCGAUUUAGCUAUGGAUGUUUAUAGACAAAUGUUGGCUGAAGGGCUGGUGCCUGAUUUGAUCACUUACAAUGCCAUCAUCAAUGUGCUUUGCAACAAGGGGGAUUUGAAAGAAGCACGGUGUCUGAUUGAGGAGAUGAGUGUGAAGGGUUUGAAGCCUGAUAAGGUCACAUACACUACCCUUAUCGAUGGAAGUUGUAAGGCGGGAGAUUUGGAGACUGCGUUUGAGCUGAAGAAGAGAAUGAUUGAAGAGAAGAUCGCGCUUGAUAGUGUGGUUUACACGGCCCUCAUAUCUGGUCUGUGUCGGGAAGGGCGAGUUGUUGAAGCAGAGAAAAUGUUGAGGGAGAUGUUGAGAGUUGAUCUGAAAGCUGAUUGUGGAACGUAUACAAUGAUAAUGGAUGGGUUGUGCAAGAGAGGAGAAGUUAGGAGGGCGUCCAUGUUGCUUAGGGAGAUGCAGAGAGAUGGAAUCGCGGCGUCUGUUGUCUCUUAUAAUGUGCUUAUCAAUGGUUACUGCAGGGUAGGGCAGAUGAAGAAUGCAAAUAUGCUUCUCACGGCAAUGAUGAAUCUUGGGGUGGAGCCUGACGACAUCACCUAUAACAUCCUUCUACAAGGCUACUGUAAAUACAGGAAAACAGAAGAUGUCUCUAAACUGCGUGCUGCAAUGGGCCUAGUUCUUGAUUAUGCUUCGUAUACUUCGUUGAUUCAUAGCUUAGGCAGCAAUUCAAGAAGCCGUUCAAAGGGAUAAUGGAUAAAAUUCAUGAGUUGGAAACACUGGCAACAUAAAAGGCACCCAGCAGCUCAAGUUAGAUGUAUGACAAAUAAUAUUAGUGAAGCAGUUUUCCAGCUUAAUGGAGUUUAAAAGAGUGGCAUAACAAUUUACAAC